AUGGACACGCUCAGUUGGAUUCUCAUCUGCUGGAUCUGUCUGGCGGCCGUCAUCUUCCUGGUCAUGCAGAAGGCUUUCGAGGUAAUGCCAUCGCUGUCGUACAGAGCGGCGACCAAACGGGACGCCGGCUGUCUGACGGACAGUCGACAGCUGUCGAUGGCCACCGCAGUCUCAAACUCGUAUCAGUCGAUGGACAAUCCGACGACGGCGGCAACUACACCAACGACCACGAAGCCCGUUGUCGAAUCCGCCAAAUGGGUAAACGACUUCUUCCAGUGGCUACUGUCCCGGUACAACGGAACGCCGAACUUCAUGCAUUCGUGGAUCGGCUCGAUGAACUCCAUAUCGCAGAAAUUCGCCGAAUCGGUUGGCUGCGAAGUCACUUUUGAGGACGUUCAUCUGAACGCCCACUCUUUUUCGCCUCACUUUUACAACUUUCAAACCGAGUCAGAAUCAGGCGAAUAUUUUACGCUGCGAUUCAGUGUCGACUGCGAUUACCUGAAAUUGCCGUUGGUUGCUACUGCAAAGCUUCCCGAAAAGUUGGUCGUCACUAACUACGAAACGACCCUUUCCAAUCUUAAAGCUGUGGUAGGAAUAUGUUACUAA